AUGCCUGCGGUGAUGCGCGAAUGUGACGCCCAGCCUGGAGGGUGUCUCUACCGGGGAGUGAGGAGGCGGCCGUGGGGGAAGUAUGCCGCGGAGAUUCGGGACCCAAAGAAGAAUGGUGCAAGGAGGUGGCUCGGAACUUAUGAGACACCACAGGAGGCUGGGUUGGCUUAUGACCGGGCAGCGUUUGCAAUGCGUGGGGCCAAGGCCAGGCUAAAUUUCCCUCACUUGAUCGGUCGCGAUGAGGUGGAGCCCGUGAGGGUCACUCGGAGGCGGCACUACUCACCUGAGGCUGGGAGCGGCUCGCUGGAUUCAAAGUGCAGAAAGGAGGACUCGACUGGCUUGGCCGGUGACCCUGAGGAACUUAAUGGCUAUGUCAUGUCGUUUCAACAGAUUGGAACUUGA